CAAUAGACAGCCGUAUAGCAAAACUUUAAUAAAUUCGUUUAGCACAUUACGGCGCAAAUGUAAAUUUGUAGUCUUUAAAAACAAAGUGAUUUUUUACAUGCUUUUGUUUGCAGUUUUAGUAGCUGUGUAAUUUAAAUUGCGGACAGAAGGUAACCAAUUUAAUUUUGAUCAGGUCGAAUUCUUGGUUUGGUGACGUGUAUAACUUAUGAUGAUAAAAUAUCAUUUAUGUCUCUUCUUGCUGUUUGUGGUCUCAGUGUGCAAAUGCUGUGAAGAUCCCAGCACUUUGUCGGUUGUGUGCAGAAAACUUAAAACUGGUGGCGUGAUCGUGGAUGAAAUUGAAUGCAGGAACUUGGAGCAUUGCUGCUGGUUUAAUAGCACUUGCUUUCUUAAUCCAGAUGCACCGAUCGUCGACAAUGGGAUUAACAUGAACAUAAUAGAGAAAAAGUUCCUAAAACUGUUGGAGGGGAAUGAAGUACAAGAACGACUUUUUCCACUCAGCGGAAACGAUGGUGUUCCGACAGAAGAAAGAGUUCAUUCCGCCACAGAAAGAUGUUCCCCGUUCCCAGCAAACUGUCGCAUACUGUAUGCUUCAAUGAAAGAAAUGAUGCCCUCAGUCGAUAUACCUUACUGCCAACGAAUUCCAUGCGUUACAAACAAUCCGAACAUACACACAAACGCAGAACUUUGUCUCACCACACCCGGAUGUGUAUUUGACAAUGAACUUUCCCGCUACCGGUUCACGUUAAAUCAAGCGGUUCUACCAACUGUACCAGUUUGUCAUAUGGCAAUUAGAAAUCGGGUUUUCCAAAGAAAGGCGGCUGAAUAUUUACAAAAGGGUGGAGUAUGGAACCCACUGUUGACUGAGUGUCUGAUCAACGAAUUUCGAGAAGAAAUAUUUGAAAACUCGGCUGGGUGUAAAAUGAUAACCAUGCUGGAGUAUUUUGGCUACGAACCUAAGCGAGCGGGCUGGAAAGGCAUCUCAACAAGGGACUGCCAUUUGAUUGACGGAUGCUGGCGACCUGACAAAGGGUGCGUGUACCCUGUUGGAACAGAUGACAUAAACGUACGCUCGAGCAACGACGAAGCACCAACUGUGCUUCCGAAUGAGUUUCUAUUCGGCCAACCAGAGUGUUUGCCAUUUGAUAGUUUAAACGAUGCUGCGUUUUUGGCAAGCUACCACAAGUGCUUAUCCACCGGUUGCGCAACCAGCGUAAGCGGGACCACUGUAACCAAGCAUUUGUAUGGCGCAGGCAAUUCUCACUUGCCAACCGCAAUAUUGAAGUAUCGCUACUAUGCUAAACUUCGCGCCGGUGAGGUACGAGCAGACAACUGGCAAGAGAUCGUAAACGAGAUAUUAGCAACGCGUCACAAUUCUAGAGCAGAUGCAUUAGCGCUUUACCAAUCUUUAAUUAGCUUACAACAAAUCAAUGAAGCAUUGGCAGCUCCUAUAAACCCGAAUCCGCUUCUUCCAUACUCUCUUAAUACAAAUACAUCGUCUGUUAAAUCUGCAUUGCCAAUCACAAACGGCCUCGCUACGAGAUCAAACCUAAGGACCUUUGAUACUAAUCUUUUACUUAUGGAGUCAUUAGUAAACCGUCCUGUCCCGAGUAACCCGAUGAUUUCGAGCUUAAAGAAAAUUAUUCCGACCUCACAACAAUACUGUCCAUACCAGGGAUUCCAGUUGAAUACUUUGCCGCCGCUGUCAGGUAGCUUUGAAAGCUGCUGUGAGAGGCCCCUUUGCUAUAUUCCACGCUCUUCUGUUUAUCAACAAAGGUCCGGAGUGUCUUCUUAUAAAGGCGAAUGGAACUCUUGGACGAAGUGCAGCAAAUCGUGCUUAGGGGGUACACAGAGACGGUCAAGGCCUUGCAUUGGAAAGAAUUGUGUAAAAAUCGCAGACGAAGUAAGAAAUUGUAAUGAACAUCAGUGUCCAAGUUGGCUUUCGUGGGGCGAGUACAAUACCUGCAGCAGAUCAUGCGCUGGUGGUGUACAAGUACGGUCGCGAAAAUGCAGUACGUAUGGGCAAUGCUUAGGCCCUGAAAAUCAAACUAAAUCUUGCAGAUCUGGAGCGUGCCCGACUAUGAGCGCUUGGAGUCAGUGGACUGUAUGCAGUGAGAAAUGCGGGGUCGGGAUUCGAACCCGGAACCGUACGUGCACUUCAGGUGGUGCUUACGGGUGUCCAGACAUUUCAGGCGAAGUUGCACGCUGCGUAAGAUACUGUGGGAAUAUACAGCAUAGAGACAGUCUGUGUGAUCCUGUAACUUGUCUUGUGACUCGAACACCUGUAUGCUUACAAAGCGACGGUUCUCCGGGUUACUGUAGACGUGAUAGAAUGCAGUCGUUUAACAUUCGCUGUUACAGUCACAAUUGUUUUUGCUAUUAUUUUCCGGACAGAUACCCGUGUAAUAUAGGGAUGAGAUUUGGUAUUUAAGAGUGUAUGACUUUGCGUUUUUUUAAACAAAUACAAUUACUUUUGUUUGUA